AUGUCUCUCGCAACCCUAGAUACCACCCAACAUCCCUACCUCCCCGCCGCAUCUGCAACGCUCUUCAAAGCAAAGGCAGCCCGAAAGCUUAGCUUCGAGAAGAUUGGUGAGCACCUCGGUCGCAAUGAAGUAGCCGCCGCUGCUAUUUUCUACGGUCAAGCCCGAGCAUCACCCGAGGACAUCGAGAAAUUGGCCGAUCUACUCGGGAUACCCAAGCAGCCACUGGAAGAUCAACUCAGUGGCUUCCCUGAUCGGGGCCGCUCUGUUGAGAUGCCGCCUAAGGAGCCUCUGAUCUACCGCCUCUAUGAGAUUGUGCAGAAUUAUGGAUAUGCCUAUAAGGCGGUCCUCAAUGAGAAGUUCGGGGAUGGUAUUAUGAGCGCCAUUUCUUUUUCCACCAAGGUUGAGAAGGAGACUGAUGAGGAUGGAAAUAACUGGGCUGUUAUCACCCUUCGGGGUAAAUGGUUGCCCUUCUCCCGGUUCUAG